CCCACCAACCCUGUCGCUGCAAUUUUUCGCUUCCCGCCGCCCGCAACAACCACGCACCGAGUUGACCCAAGGUUGCGAAACUUCCACUCCGCCUCCCACCAACCCGCCUGCUUCAGCUUUCGGGUCCGGACUCAUCCAUCACUCGACCCUUUUCGAUACCUACCUACUUCUUGACGGAUCCCCUCACGGUUCCCGUCAUCAACUCCAUCCUACGCGCUUCGUCUCGCAAGCGCGUGGCCAACUAAACCGCAAUCAUGGCUCCCAAGAAAGAGAAAGCCCAGAAGCUGUCUCUGGGUGAAUUCCUCGGCGAGACUGGUGGUGUUUCCUCGUGGGCUGAUGAAGUCGAGGACACAUAUGGCACCCAGUCCUUCCCCUCGACCGACCGUCGCACUGGCCCCAGCUCGUAUGGCAAUAACACUAGCUACGGCAAUGACCGGGGUUACCACUCGCUCCGCGACAACCUCCCCCAGGAGCUCCCCACCAAGCCUCCUUAUACCGCUCAUCUCGGCAACUUGUCGUAUGAUGCCACUGUCGAGAGUGUGACCGACUUCUUCCACGACUGCAACUGCGUCAACGUCCGCAUUAUCGAGGACCGCGAGCAGAACCGCCCCAAGGGCUUCGCCUAUGCCGAGUUUGCUGAUCUUGAGGGUCUCAAGACUGCUUUGACCCGCGACGGCCAGUCCUUCGAGGGUCGUAAUAUUCGUAUCAAGGUUGCUGAUCCUCCCCGUGGUGGAUUCGGCGACCGCACCGAGAGCUUUCGCGAGCUUGACUGGGGUGCCAAGAGAGGUCCCCUCGCUGACACUGGCGGCCGUAGCAACCGCGAGUUCGGCGACCGUAGACCUCCCCGUGAGUUCAACGACGAGAGGCCGGUUAGAGAGGCCAGAGAGAUCAACUGGGAGAGACGGGGCCCUCUUCCCCCUGCUGAGCGCCCAGAGUCUCGCGAGGGUGCUCGUGCCCGCAACACCACCGACUUCAGCGCCGCUAGAAGGGCUUCCCCCGCCGCUUGGGGCCCCGGAGAAGGACGCCAAGGUGGAGAUGGCUCUCGCCCUCCUCGCCGCGAGUUUGCCGAGCGCCCUGAGCGUCCCGAGCGUGUUCCUACCGCCGCUGAGAAGGAGAUCAACUGGCGCAACAACAUGCGUCCCGUCGAGCCAAAGUCUCGUGAGGGUAGCGAGGCUCCUGGUUCUCCCGCUGCCGCCCCCGCUGCGCAGCCAGCCGGUAGACCCAGACUGAACCUCACCAAGCGCACCGUUUCCGAGGCCCCCGAUGUGAUCUCGCCUGCCCCUACUUCCAAGUCGAACCCAUUCGGUGCGGCCCGCCCCAUCGACACUGCUGCCCGCGAGCGUGAGGUCGAGGAGAAACGCAUCCGGGACAAGCAGGAGGCUGAGGAGAGGGCCAAGGCUGAGAAGGAGGCCAAGGAGGCCGCUGCCGCCGAGGCUGCUGAGAAGGCCAAGGCCGAAGAGGCUGCUGCUGCGGAAGCUGCUGCGGAAGCUGCUGAGAAGGCCAAGGCUGAUGCCGAGGCCGCCGCUGCUGCUGGUACCAAGCCAGAAGUCCAGGAGGGUGAAGGUGAGCAGAAGCUUCCCGUCAGAACUCGCGAGCCUCGUGAGUCUGCUCCCAAGUCCCGCGCCGCCGAGAGUGGCAGCUGGAGAAGAGCCGGUGAUGCCCCAGCCCGUGGCCCCCCCAGCGGUCCCCGUCGCAGUGGCGGUGCCCCCCGCGCACCCCGCCAGGAUGGUGGACGCCCUCCUCGAUCCAACGGAACCACCGAUGCUCGCGGCCCAUUGUCUCCCACCACCGAGAAGGCUCCCGCCAGCCCUGCUGUCGAUGAUGACGGCUGGACCACUGUUACCCAGCCGGUUAAGGGUCGCCGCGGCGGCAACCGGCCCCUUGCUUGAUUGUAUUAUACCACACCACAACGCCCCCUCGCUUCUUUUCGAUUCCCAGCACUGGCGCUUGCCCGUUUCCAACUGCAUGUUUCGUCAUUGCUUUGGAUAGACGGGCAUGGCGCUGACAUCCGACCUCGUUCUCUCUUCCAGAUGAGUGUCAGCCGCUAAAAGCUCUUUCCAUCGAUCACCAUGCCGCUUUCUUCUUGGGGAUGACGGAUAAACCGCUUUUUCCCUGUCUGCCCUCCCUGGAUGGACCGGCGCAUUUGGGCGAUCCCGACCGCGUUAUGCCAAAAAAAGUAAUGGGUUGUUCCUGCGUUUUUAUUUCGAUUUUUAGCCACGACGUUUUAUGCACGGGAAUGACACGCAACUUCUCGAUUCUAGAUUCGGGGCCCUCGCCUACUCGGGUGAUGGGCUUUCAAUGAAGGGUGUGUGGGGUUUCUGCUCGGUCGUCACAGCAGAUUGUUUUUAUUCUGCUUUUCCAAUCGAGGAGCACAAAAUGGCGUCUUGGCUUUUGGGAGGGAAACGGGAUCCUUUUCUACUAGAUAUGGGUGGGAGGGAACCACGCAAGGGAAGGGGUCUACCGGAUUUUUCUACCUGUUAUUUAUGAAGAGAGCUUUCCGUUGGUCAUCUCUUUGUUGUUUUGGUCUUUUGGGGAAAUAACACACAUUUCCUUGUUUCAUGUCAUGUCUGCCUGCAUUUGACCCGAAGCUGUUGUGUUGUCUUGUUCGUCAGGUUUUAUUGUUUUCCAUGUCUGAGGUGCUUGUGGGCGUCUGUCAUGUUUUCGAACGUGACGAGUCUAGAGAUGGGAUGGGGUAUAAUCUGUGAGGAUGAUGUUGAGUGGAUGGGUUUCAUGGCGGAUGGUGGAGGUGGGAGGAUGUGUUUUCCCCAAAUAUUGUUCUCCCAUCUAGACCCGAGGGAGAGAAAGAGAAAAGUGUGGAGAUGGUGAAGAUGAAAAUUCUCAAUGGGACUGAUGUUUCGAUUACAUGGCGUAAUGA